ACUAGCAGCCUUACUUAUAAACGUCUCUUAAAUUUGAGAGCCCCUCUUAGCUGUUGAUCAACGUUUUUUUCACUUAUAAACCCAAUUCAGCGUUGAGAAGUGUUUUAGCAACUGUUCAAUAAUGUCAAAAUUUAAUCAACGUCCGACCGUGUUUUAAAUCUAUUUGAGAGACAUCAUGGCGGAUAUUAUUGUCAAACAGCUGUUGUCAAUAGUUGCAAAGAUUAUAGUUUUAUUAGUGUUUUUUAUUAUUUUUUCAAUAAAAUGGAUAUGAAUGAUACCUUGAUCGACGAUUUUACCAAUGAUGUGCAGGAGAUUAGUUAUUUUAGUAUUCGUAGGCGACAAAGAAAACAUUAUAAACAGAGGGUGAAUCCUCUGGACCUCGACGAAGAGGAAUUCCGGUCAAGAUAUAGAUUUGGAAAGCAUAACAUGCAACAAAUCAUUAAUUUGGUCCGGGAUGACCUUCGCGUGGACACUCGAGGGGGCGGUAUUCCAGUGGAACUGCAAGUGAUGGCAGUUAUCCGAUAUUGGGGCCGGCAUGAGAUCCAAGAAGAUUGUGCUGACAUUCACGGAAUGAGUCAACAGACACUUUCCCGUUUGUCCCGAAAUGUUGCUAUUGCGUUAGCUUCAAAAAGUUCGCGUUAUAUUAAUAUGCCGUCGAACUCAACCGAGGAAGCCAAAGCAAUUAGAAAAUUUGAGGUCAUAUGCGGGAUGAAGCGUAUCAUUGGUGCAAUAGAUUGCACUCAUAUUAAGAUACGCAAAGUGAGUGGAGAGGCUGGACAGUACUAUGUUAAUAGGAAGGGACAUUACUCCAUUAACACUCAAGUAGUAUGUGACUCUGACCUUAAAAUCUGUGAUAUUGUGUGUCACUGGAGAGGAAGUACACAUGAUUCCCGCAUAUAUAGAGAAAGCUCAAUAAAGCGGAGGUUUGAGCAAAAUGAAUUUCAUGGGAAGCUGAUUGGAGAUAGCGGGUAUCCUUGUACUUCCCAUCUUCUAACACCGAUAUUAAGACCAAGGACACAGGCAGAAGAAAGGUACAAUCUGAGUCACGUACGAACGAGGAAUACUGUAGAGCGGUGCUUUGGGGUGUGGAAGCAAAGAUUCCGCAUUCUCAACGAACCAAUGCGAGGGUCUCUGCAAGUGAUCAAGACCACUAUUGUUGCUUGUGCAGUUUUGCACAAUUUAGCAAUACUCUUUAAUGAGUCUAUUUUAAAUCAAGAUCCAGGCCUUGAAAAUCAAUUAUUAAUUGAACCAACUGUCCCUGACAACAUACAACAUGAAGACGAAAAUAUAAACAGGGCCAUUUAUAUUGAAACUUAUUUUAAUCAAUAAAAACCAUAUUUUAUUA